AAAAAAAAACCAGUAACCUCAAACAAAGUAAGUCAUUAUUAGCUGACGUUUUGUGUAACUGAAAAAAAAAAAAAUCUUAAUCUGUAAUAAUUUGCUGUUUUGUCUGCUAACCCUAUCUGUCCUCUUUGUCUCGCAGUUCCACACCUUAAUUACUGCUACACAGAAGACUCCUGUAGUCCAUAUAACUGGGUGAAAAUGUUUCCUACCUGCAUCGCCAAAGAAUCGGGGCUACACUCUCCCAUCAACCUGCAACGUGGUGUUAUUAAGAACAACUCCAUCGAUCCUCUGGAGCUGCAAAGCUUCGAUGUGCCUCAGAAGUCUUGGACUGUAGUCAAUGUCCGGGACACUGUUGUUGUGAAGUUUCAAGCAGGCAUGACUGUAAAAGGUGGCGGUAUAAAGCAUAAUUACCGAAUCGUAGAGAUGAGAUUCCACUGGGGUUCGAAUACGACCAACGGAUCAGAGCAUAAAUUUGAUGCUCGCAGGUUCCCUAUGGAGAUGCAGAUUGUGGGUGUCGCUCCUGGAUUCGCUGACGUGGAAGCUGCUUCUGUAGUGCAGUCAGGCCUGCUUAUGAUGGGAGUCUUCAUUGAUAUUGCCUCUGAGGAGAAUCAAGCUUUUAAAGCCAUAGCCCAUGCGGUGCUCAACGUCCCAUACCCAGGGGAUUCAGUAAGUGUGAGUCCUCCGGCAUUGUCGCACCUCCUUCCUGAGGAUGAUACAUUCUAUCAGUAUCACGGAGGCCAGACAACUCCGCCCUGCCGCCAGACGGUGACUUGGAUUGUGUUUGAGAAGCCCAUCUUCAUCUCCAGAAAGCAGGAACAGGUGAAGUAUGCAGUCCUGGAUGUCUGCUCUAAUAUCUGUCCUAAUGCUAAGUACAGUCAGUGCUUUGCCCCUCACAGGUUUGUACGGUACAUAAUUUUGGUUGAUUGCCCAACAGUGGGAUCUGAAAGAAAUAUUUAUACCUGCUUUUACGUGCUGUUGAAUUCUCUUCACUCACUUUUUGCUUGAAAGUUUGUGAACCCUAAAAAUGUUCCUACAUUUCUGCAUAAAUAUGACCUAAAACAUCAGCAGAUUUUGACACAAGUCCUAAAAGUAGAUAACGAGAACCCAGUUAAACAAAUGCGACAAAAAUAUUAUACUUGGUCAUUUAUUUAUUAAGAUGAGCCAAUAUUACAUAUUUAUGCAGAUACAUAGAAAAUGCUAAAGAGUCCACAAACUUUCAAGUACCACAGUACGUCGUAAAUCUAAAAUAUUUAGUUGUUUCUCAUGCCUGUGUUUUUUUUUUUUUUUUUUUUUUUUUUUUUUAAAAACUACCUCUCAAACCUGUAUAGAAAGUUGUCAUGUUUAUGUAAAGGGGUAAAAUGACAAACAAAAAAAAAAAACCAGUAACCUCAAACAAAGUAAGUCAUUAUUAGCUGACGUUUUGUGUAACUGAAAAAAAAAAAAAUCUUAAUCUGUAAUAAUUUGCUGUUUUGUCUGCUAACCCUAUCUGUCCUCUUUGUCUCGCAGUUCCACACCUUAAUUACUGCUACACAGAAGACUCC